ACUGCGUGCCACAUACAAAGUGAUUUCAUCGGAUUCAGUUCUCUUCAAUGUCACGGCCGCUGAAUGAAUGAAUGAAUGAAUGAAUGAGGGGCGUGUCCGGCAGGGGUGUGGCUGUGCACAGGGAGAUCAACAAAUUGCGACGAGGACGCGUGCCCAUUUCAUUUGGGAUCUAUACUGUACCGACACGACGCAGCUUCCAGCAUGAAGAUGAAGGCUUUAUCUCCACCACAGUCUCCCAGGCAGAGGACUACGAGAAGGGUCCCCAAACCUCUGAUGGAGAAACGCAGACGGGAGCGAAUCAACCACAGUCUGGAGACUUUGAGACUUCUGAUGCUGGACAGCACCCACAACGAGAAAUUAAAGAAUCCAAAGGUGGAGAAGGCAGAGAUUCUGGAGAGUGUGGUCCAGUUCCUGAAAACGGACAAGCACGUGGAGAGAGUCCCGUCCAAGGAGCAGACCUGUGCCCGCCAGCACAACUACCACGACGGCAUGAGGUCCUGCCUGCUCAGGGUCAGCCGCUUCAUAGCCACCAAGGGCGAGGAGUCCGAGGACACCGACGGGGAGACGGCCCGGGACUCUCUUGCGCACCCUUCCUCACCCGGACACAUCCGACACAAGGCCCCUACACCCACCCCCGUCAGUGACUCGGCUCCUCUGACUCCUCAUCCGCCCCCCCACCACCACCGCCAGCACGACACCCCUCACCUGUACACUGCCCAGAGGACUGGUCUCCACUGUGAGAUGCUCUCCUCCGCCGCGGCGUGCACGCACAUCACCGACCCGGUGUGGAGGCCCUGGCCCCAGUAA